GUCGAGAGGAGCGCAAGCGCACUGCGUUGCUAGUCUUGGGACCCCUUUCCAAGAGACUAUGGCGCUCAACAAGAAUCACUCGGAGGGCGGCGGAGUGAUCGUCAACAACACCGAGAGCAUCCUCAUGUCCUAUGAGCAUGUGGAACUGACGUUCAAUGACAUGAAGAAUAUGCCAGAGGCCUUCAAAGGGACAAAGAAAGGCACCGUUUACCUGACCCCUUACCGGGUCAUCUUUCUGUCCAAGGGGAAGGACGCCAUGCGGUCCUUCAUGAUGCCUUUUUAUCUGAUGAAGGACUGUGAGAUCAAGCAGCCCGUGUUCGGUGCAAACUACGUCAAGGGGACAGUGAAGGCUGAGGCAGGAGGUGGCUGGGAAGGCUCUGCCUCAUACAAGCUGACCUUCACGGCAGGGGGCGCCAUCGAGUUCGGACAGCGGAUGCUGCAGGUGGCAUCGCAAGCCUCCCGAGGCGAAGCCCCCCCUGGAGCCUAUGGGUACUCCUACCUGCCCACCGGGCCCUAUGUCUUCCCCCCGCCCGUCGCCAAUGGAAUGUACCCCUGCCCUCCUGGCUACCCCUACCCACCGCCCCCACCUGAGUUCUAUCCAGGACCUCCCAUGAUGGACGGGGCCAUGGGGUACGUGCAGCCCCCACCACCGCCCUACCCGGGGCCCAUGGAGCCGCCAGUCAGCGGCCCUGAGGUCCCCUCCACUCCUGCAGCCGAAGCCAAGGCCGCAGAAGCCGCUGCCAGCGCCUACUACAACCCCGACAACCCGCACACCGUCUACAUGCCCACGAACCAGCCUCCGCCCCCUCCCUACUACCCCCCGGAGGAUAAGAAGACCCAGUAGACCCCCUGCCUCCUGCCUCUCAUCACUCAUCCUCGUUCCUCCCCUCCCCCGGGGGCGGGUCUGGGCUGGGGAUGGGGAGGCGGCCUUGUUCUUCCUCCAGGUCUGACUAUAAAACACUUGCCAGGAACUGCAUCCAUGGGAGGGAGGGCCCCUUGACUGGGAGCUGCACCCCCAGCUCCCCACACUCUCCCGGGGCCCACAGGUGCCCAGCGCACUUCCUCGCAGCAUCGGGGCUCUCCUCGGGGCGGGCGUCCCCCAGUCCCUGUCUUGCUCAGUAGCUUCUACCCACGGAGGGACUCUGGCCACCUCCUCUGCCGCCGCCCAGCUCCCUCGUUUGGCAGCCACGUCGUCCUCGGCCUCCGGUCCCCCCGAGGGCCCGGCAGCCCUGCUCACAUUCCCCGCCCUCGGCCUGGGC